AGGACCUCUUUCACUUUACAAACGGCGAGGUAUUUGCUGGCUCUUCGCAUGAUUAUAUUACCCAUACUGUCUCUGUCUUCUUCAACAUGGUCCAAUUCACCUCCACUGCAGCCUCGCUUCUCGCCUUGGCUGGUGCUGCCGUCGCGGCUUGUAAUUAUGGGACGAGCUUCUUCCCUCGCGAGGCCAAUGUCCCCGUUGGUGCCUUUGGCUACACAGGACUGAACGGACCGUUGAACUGGUACGGCCUCAACAAGACUGCCAACAAGCUCUGCGCCAAGGGCCGCAACCAGUCCCCCAUCAAUCUCAACGCGUCUAUCCCCGUGUCACCAGGCAAGGUUGCUGCCUUCAAGGUGGACAACUACCCCCAUGGCUCUAAAUUCGAAAAUCUGGGUACCACAGUAGAAGUGCCGGCUAACGGCACGCUCACUGCUGGCGGUAGGACUUAUAGUCUGGCCCAGUUCCACUUCCACACCCCUAGCGAACACCGCGCUGAACUUGAGUACUUCCCAAUGGAGGCACACUUUGUCUUCCAGGCAAAAGACAAGUCCAUUGCAGUCGUGGCCUUCCCAAUCGCCCUAGGACUUGCCGACCCUCUGCUGGCAUCCGUCUUUACCUACGUCAGCGGUGCUGCGACGCCAGGCCAGGCUACCCUCACAGGGCCCCUGAUAUUUACUGGUCUGGAACAUCAUUUGACAUCGAACCCCAUCUACCAUUACUCUGGCUCUCUUACCACUCCUCCCUGCUCAGAAUCUGUCGAGUGGAUAAUCAGCACCAAACCGCUUCAUAUCGACGAAUUCACUUAUAAUAAGGUGAAGAGCGUGGUAAAUUUCAAUUCGCGAUAUACACAGAAUACUCUCGGCGGCAUCAAUCUCCUCCAGAACAUCGCUUCAGAGCUUGCCUAGUCCUAGCAUUGUCUCGGGGGCAAGUACGGAACCUCCGAUAUUAUAAAUUAAUGUACUUGACUGUUAUUUAGAUCUGCAUUAAUGCGGUUAUCUACCUUUGGGCUGCAUUCUUCAGCAGAGCGAACAUUUUAUUGAAACGCUAAAUGAUGCUAGCGAGAUCAAGAAAGGGUUAUUUUACGUAUGAGGGCUGAGGUAGUAGAAAUGUGCAUUAUUAUUCA